AUGGGAUGGACUGGCUCACACGCCGUUAUCAUCGUGGGCUGGGGUACCGAGAAUGGCCAGGACUACUGGCUUAUUAAGAAUAGCUGGGGCACCGGGUGGGGCGAAGCCGGCUAUUUCAAAAUGGUCCGGGGUCAGAAUUUGAGACACGUUAAUGAGUACCUUUCUACACUUGCACUCAAUGCUAUAUUACUUUAA